AUGAGCCAGGACUCUGUGCCUACCGACUUGGAGAAGGCCCCUGAGCCUCCCAAGGUCCAGCAAAAGGGUCCACUUCCCGAUGACUAUGAGUACCCCGGAACGGUGACUGUUAUCUUGGUUAUGGUGGCUCUUUACCUUGCUGUCUUCCUCGUUGCUUUGGAUCGAACCAUUAUUGCAACUGCAAUCCCUCAGAUCACUGAUCACUUCCGCUCGCUCGGUGAUGUCGGAUGGUACGGUAGUGCCUACAUGUUGACCAGCUGCUCGUUUCAAUUGCUUCUCGGUCGUGUGUACACCUUCUACUCUCCGAAAUGGGUCUUCUUGACUACCAUCAUCAUUUUCGAGAUCGGAUCUGCCGUUUGUGGAGCUGCCCCUAGCUCAACUGCUUUUAUCGUCGGUCGUGCCAUUGCCGGGCUUGGCUCAGCUGGUAUUUUCUCUGGUGCUAUCAUCAUUAUUGUCUACACUGUUCCACUGCACAAGCGACCUGUCUAUCAAGGCUUCGUCGGGGCCAUGUUCGGAAUCGCCUCGGUCGCAGGUCCCUUAAUUGGUGGUGCUUUCACGACUAAUGUCACCUGGAGAUGGUGCUUCUACAUCAACCUGCCGAUCGGUGCAGUGACCAUUGCAAUCAUCAUUUUCAUUUUGAAGCUACCUGCACCUCAAAAGGCCGGCACCCCCAUCAAGCAGCAGAUCAACCAGCUCGACCCUCUUGGCACGAUUUGCUUUCUUCCGGGCAUCAUCUGUUUGCUUUUGGCUCUCCAGUGGGGUGGCUCAACGUACGCUUGGAGUAACGGUCGUAUCAUUGCUCUCUUCGUCAUCUUCGGUGUCCUGAUCAUUUCCUUCAUCGCUAUUCAGAUCUGGCGCCAGGAGAAUGCGACCGUGCCUCCUCGCAUCAUCAAGAUGCGCAGCAUUGCGGCUGGUGUCAUUUUCGCCUUCUGCCUUGGUUCUUCUCUCAUGGUCAUGGUUUAUUUCUUGCCCAUGUGGUUCCAGGCCAUCAAGAAUGUCAGCGCCGUGAAAUCUGGUAUCAUGUCAAUUCCCAUGGUGCUUUCCUUGGUUAUUGCCAGUAUCAUUGGCGGUUUCCUCAUCAGCAAAAUCGGCUACUACACACCCUUCAUGUACAUUUCAACCGUUCUUACUUCAAUUGGAGCCGGUCUGCUCACGACCUUCACCACAACCACCGGUCAUCCCAAAUGGAUUGGCUACCAAGUCAUUUACGGUCUCGGUGCCGGCUUUGGCCAGCAACAGGCUGGUAUGGCUGCCCAGACUGUCCUCGAUCGUAAGGAUAUUGGCGUCGGCGCUUCUCUCAUGUUCUUUGGCCAGUCGCUCGGCGGUGCCCUCUUCGUCUCCAUCGGAAACAAUGUCUUCGCCAACAAGCUUAUCGACGGCCUCAAGGGCGUGCACGGACUGAAUGCCGGUGCGAUCGUUAGCACUGGUGCGACUGACAUCCGCCGUAACGUCGCCCCCGAGUACCUUCCCGUUGUCCUCAAGGCCUACAAUAAUGCUUUGAUGAAAGCAUUGGACUGCGGUCUUGCUGUCGCCUGCCUCUCCAUCAUUGGUGCUGUUCUGAUGGAGUGGAGGACCGUCAAGGGCAGAGAAAAGGCUUAG